AUGGGUAAAGAUUAUUACGCAAUUUUGGGAGUCUCCCGAAAUGCAAGCGAUGAGGAGAUUAAAAAGGCUUAUAGGAAAUUAGCAUUGAAAUAUCAUCCGGACAAAAAUAAGUCACCAGGUGCCGAUGAAAAGUUUAAAGAAGUAGCCGAAGCUUAUGAAGUUCUAUCGGAUAAAAAGAAGAAGGACAUGUAUGAUUCGUAUGGUGAGAAUGGACUGAAAGGUGGAAUUCCUGGAGAAGCUGGCAAUUUUUCGUACACUUUUCAUGGAGAUCCUAGAGCCACAUUCGCGCAAUUCUUCGGCAAUUCCAGUCCCUUCGGGAAUUUUUUUGAAACAUCAGCGUUUGAUACCUCCGACGAUUUUGACUUUUUAUCGUUGUCGUCGCCGUUUCGAAAAGGCAAUAAAAGCGAACAGGAUCCACCAAUAGAGUAUGACCUUUACGUAUCGUUGGAGGAAAUUGCGACUGGUUGUACUAAGAAAAUGAGGAUAUCUAGAAAAGUUUUACAAGGUAACAGCACGGUCCAGGAAGAUAAAGUGCUUACGAUUAAUGUGAAGCCAGGAUGGAAGUCCGGGACGAAAAUUACUUUCUCGCAAGAAGGCGACCAGAAGAGGAAUAGGAUUCCAGCUGAUGUGGUUUUCAUCAUUAGGGAUAAACCUCAUGCACUGUACAUUAGAGAAGGAAGUGACCUGAGGUACAACGUGAAGGUUUCUCUGAAAGAAGCUCUUUGCGGCUGCUCAAUCGAAGUUCCCCUAUUGGACGGUGGAUUUAGGAAUCUAAAUCUUGGAUUGGAUGUUAUCAAACCCAAUAUGAUUAAAAGAUUGAUUGGAAUGGGCUUACCGUUACCCAAAGAGCCAUCUAGGAGAGGCGACAUUAAAGUUAUCUUUGAAGUUGUUUUUCCCUCCAACUUGAACAGCGAAACUAAACACCUACUCCACGACAUCUUAUAA